ACCGAACGCACAACACACUCAGCCGAGGGUUUUCCGAACACCGGAGUUUAGCCGGAGUCCGCAAAUACUUGGCAUCAGCUGCAAUCACAAUGUCGGCUCAAGCGCCCGCUCCUCCUAAGCAGGAGACUGCCGCUCCAGCUCCGGCCGCACCGGCUCCCGCGCCGGCAGCUCCGACGUCGACCGGAACAACGCCCGCACCGUCGACCACGGCCACUGCGAGCUCGGCCUCCAGCUCAGGUGCAGACGACAACCUGGUUUGUAAGUGGCAGGCUUGCGAUGAGCCUUUUACUUCGCCUGAAGCUCUUUAUGAGCACAUUUGUGAAAAGCAUGUUGGCAGAAAGAGCACCAACAACUUAAACCUCGUCUGCCAGUGGAACUCGUGCAGGACCACCACGGUCAAGCGUGAUCACAUCACCUCUCACAUCCGGGUGCAUGUGCCUCUGAAACCUCACAAGUGUGACUUUUGCGGCAAGUCGUUCAAGCGGCCCCAAGACCUCAAGAAACAUGUCAAGACGCAUGCCGACGACUCGGUCUUGGUCGCCGGUCGCGCUCCUCAGGACCAGCCCGGUGGCAUGAACCCGGCUUACCGCGCCCAUCCGGGCAACAAAGCUCCCUCCGGUUUCUAUGAUCACAACGGCCAUAUGCGUAGUACUAACUCGGGCCACUUCGGCCAUCACCAGGCUGCCCAGCCUAGCUACUACGGGCAGCCGCAGCACCACGCGCCCCAUCCGUCGUACCAGCCGCAGUACUACCAGCCCCAGCACAUGAGCUCGCGCCCCGAGUACAUGGGCUACCAGGCCGCCCCUGGUUUCCACGAUGCCUCCCGGAAGCGCGCACCAGACGACCCCCUCAAUGAGUUCUUUGGCAGUCUGAAGCGCCACCAGGUCGACCCGCGUUCCUACUCGCAGAUUGGCCGUUCGCUUAUGCCUAUUCAUUCGAGCCUCGCCGUGCAUGGCGGCGGCGGUCUGGCUGCCGAGUACAUGCCGCAGGCUCCGCACACCCUCGGCGCUGUCGGUGCCUCUCACGGUCCCCUGACGCAGCAUUACUACUUGCCGCCGAUGCCGAGCGUGCGCACCAAGGAGGAUUUGCAGCAGAUUGACCAGAUGCUCGAGCAGAUGCAAGCAACCAUCUACGAGAACGGCUCUCCCCAGUCGCAGUAUGCGCCCGUUGAUAUGCGCUCGCCGACAUACGCGACCCGCCCGGCCGCUGUGGAUCCGUACGCCGCCACCGCUGCCCAGGUGGUGUCUCCGCUGAGCGCGCCGACUCACUCGGCUGGCGGCACCCCGGCCGUCACCCCGCCGUCCAGCGCUAUUUCGUACACGUCUGGCCACUCUCCCACAGCGUCGUCUUCGGGCAUGUCGCCCACAUCCCGUCACAGCUCCACGUCGGUGUCGUACCCGAGCCUCCCUAGCCGGCCCAACCUGCCCUUCCCGUCGACCUCUGGUCUCGGCUCGACCUUCGCUCACAAUGAGCGCCGCCUCUCGGGCGGCAUGCUGCAGCGGGCUAGCGGUGCGCACCGCGGCAGCGACGGCGACCGUACCCCGACCCCGAAGAACCCCGACGGCGCCGCUGUGAGCUCCCCGUCCGAGGCAUCCGAGGCCGGCGAGAGCGAGAGUUACGACGACUGGGUCGCACACAUGAAGACCGUGGAGUUUCUCAGGAGCUACGUCCGCAACCGUCUGGAGCGCCGCGACUACGAGGAGUCCGAUUCCGACAGCCCUCGGUCGAUCGACAACAGCCGCAUCGACCCGGCGCUGCAUGGCGAUCGUGGCCGUACUGACCGCACUGACCGCGUUGCGUAUCCUACGCUCCCUCCGAUGCACUGAGGGGGCGAGAGCUUAUGUGAUCCUGCCUCUCUGACACACGAACAUUUUGCUAAGCUUGUCUACACCGAUGGUCUUGGUUCUGAAUCAUUUGAUUCGGCCCUCUGAACAUUGUACGACAAGUACGGGAUAUGGCACACUAUUCUAUCUAGUACCUCUCGCAGGUACCCUUCGUUGACACUGGGUCCAAUGACGACCCUCAUGGUGGCGUCUCAGCGCGAUUGCUUUUCUCUUUGCAAGAGUCAUGG